AUCAGGAGGGGGAACUUUUAACUGAAGCGGGGACAUCAGCCUAACGCUCACAUGGAUACUAAACCGGGUCGACAAGUAUUUUAAUAUCAAUAUCUUUGUGCAACAUCGUGACUUUGUUUUAACUCGAUCAAAAAAAAGUGUGGUAUCCUUUUAUGGGCUCAAAACAAAAAAUGAAUUGACUGGACAGGUGCGUGGACAGCUUAAUUAACAACUGUGCUUCGUUCUGGCGUCAUUAUUGCGUUAACAUUGGUGAUAUUAUUAGUUGAUAUAAAAUGGAGCAGAAACAUUGUUUUACGUGUGGAAGUGAAUCGUCGUCGUCGUCCGGUUCAAACACCUUGUCCGAGGGGGAAGAAAUGUCGCCUGUGGUGCACAUCAAAGUUUCUACAGAUGAUGGACACAACUCGGACUCGGAAAGUGUCCUCGAGGAAGAGGACGACGACAAUGACACACCAACAAGGGAUGAAGAAAGUGAAGAGGAAGACGAAAAGUUGGACGACAUCCACUACUCCCCCUCCACAUACCUCAGGAAGUCCAGUAACCCAGAGCUGUCUCAUGGAUUAAGUUCUGCUCUGAAAUUUAAACUACACCUCAAUGAGGAUGGAAAAUACCUUCGAAGGAGGAGCCUGGGGGGUGGCCUCACAGGAAAGUACCUCCUGCUACCCACCCUUCCCCAGCAGACACACACCACAUCAGAGACCUCUAACCUGGUCCGUAUGUCCCUGAACCUCGGGAAGUCAGACCCCUCCCUCACCUCCAGCUCGAAAGAGCUGAGUCUUCCUCGAAGAGGCAGUUUCUGCAGAACGAGCAACAGAAAAAGCCUGAUAGGAAGCGGUCAGUCUACAGGUUUACCCCGUCCCCACUCCCCUCUCUCGUCUUUAACAGGAACAAGCCCACAAGACAGUCCUAGAAAUUUCUCUCCUAGUGCCUCAGCUCAUUUCUCCUUUGCACGAAGUCAUUGCCACAGAGCAGACAGGACUGAUGGUCGCCGCUGGUCGUUUGCCUCCCUUCCCUCCUCUGGAUAUGGAACCAACACGCCUAGCUCCACCGUCUCUUCAUCCUGUUCAUCACAGGAGAAGCUGCAUCAGCUGCCCUUCCAACCUACGCCUGAUGAACUGCACUUCCUCUCGAAGCAUUUCUGCACAGAGAGUAUCUCUGGGGAGGAAUGCCGCAGAGCCACGGCUCAGAUGCGACCAAGAUCACGCAGUCUCAGCCCUGGAAGAUCUCCUUCAUGCUACGACCAUGAGAUUAUCAUGAUGAAUCACGUCUACAAAGAGCGAUUUCCCAGAGCCACCGCUCAGAUGGAGGAAAGGAUUCAAGACAUCAUCCGCAGCAACUCUCCGGAGAGCGUCCUCCCUUUGGCAGAUGGUGUGCUCGGCUUUGCCCACCAUCAGAUUAUUGAGCUGGCCCGUGACUGUCUGGAGAAAAGCCGGCUAGGACUCAUCACCUCCAGCUAUUUCUGCGAGCUCACUGACAAGCUGGAGAAGCUUGUUCAGGAGUCAACAGAGAGAUCAGAGAGUGAGGAGGUCAACUUCAUUAAAGAGCUGGUGAAGAAGAUCCUCAUCAUCAUAGCCCGACCUGCUCGACUGCUGGAAUGUCUGGAAUUUGACCCGGAGGAAUUUUACCACCUUUUGGAGGCCGCUGAAGGACACGCUAAAGAGGGCCAAGGCAUCAAAACAGACAUCCCACGUUACAUCAUCAGCCAGCUGGGACUCACAAGAGAUCCUCUGGAAGAAAUAGCUCAGCUGACCAGCUGUGACAGCGGGAUUGCAGAAACACCAGAGACAGACGACUCUUCUCAGAGCCUCAGCACAGCCCUGCGGUGUCGGCGUAAACCCUGUGAAUUAGAUUUUGAGAUGACAAAACUCAUCAGCAAUGGUGCUUAUGGAGCUGUGUAUCUGGUUCGUCACAAGGAAACGAAGCAGCGGUUUGCCAUGAAAAAGAUCAACAAGCAGAACCUUAUUUUGAGGAAUCAGAUACAACAGGCCUUUGUGGAGAGAGACAUCCUCACCUUCGCAGAGAACCCUUUUGUGGUGUCCAUGUACUGCUCCUUUGAGACCCGGCGGCACCUGUGCAUGGUCAUGGAGUAUGUUGAAGGUGGAGACUGUGCAACCCUUCUGAAGAACAUGGGUCCUCUGCCUGUGGAUAUGGCCAGGAUGUACUUUGCAGAGACGGUGCUGGCCUUGGAGUAUCUCCACAACUAUGGCAUCGUCCACAGAGACCUCAAACCAGACAAUUUGCUGGUCACCUCAAUGGGACACAUUAAACUGACAGAUUUUGGGUUGUCCAAAGUCGGGCUGAUGAACAUGACCACUAACCUGUAUGAGGGACACAUAGAGAAAGACGCCAGGGAGUUCUCUGAUAAGCAGGUCUGUGGAACGCCUGAGUAUAUUGCACCCGAGGUGAUCCUGAGACAGGGCUAUGGGAAGCCGGUGGACUGGUGGGCAAUGGGCAUCAUCCUCUACGAGUUCCUGGUGGGCUGCGUGCCUUUCUUUGGAGACACACCGGAGGCGCUGUUCGGACAGGUCAUCAGUGAUGAGAUCAACUGGCCUGAGGGAGACGAUGCCCCGCCGCCCGACUCUCAGGAGCUCAUCACCUUGCUCCUCCGACAGAACCCUCUGGAGCGGAUGGGCACAGGCGGAGCCGCAGAAGUGAAGCAGAAUACGUUUUUCAGUGACCUGGACUGGAACAGUCUGCUGAGGCAGAAGGCAGAGUUUAUUCCUCAGCUGGAGUCUGAGGAUGACACUAGCUACUUCGACACUCGCUCUGAGAGGUACCAUCACCUGGAGACAGAGGAGGAGGAUACAAACGAUGAAGACUUCAAUGUGGAGCUGCGGCAGUUCUCCUCUUGUUCGCACAGAUUCUCCAAGGUUUACAGCAGCCUGGAUUUGUCCCGUGGGCUCCUGGAGGAGAAGGGAGAGACGGAGGGGAAGAAGAGUGAGAGCCCACUGACUGUCGACUCUCUCAGCUGGACGCCAGAUUUUGCUGAAAUGCCCUCACUCUCCCACUCCACAGAGGCAGACAGUCUGAAUCCGGAUCUUCGCCCCAACUUGUUGCCAAAGUUUGCCAUCUCAGCAGAGAGUGAAGCAGACGAGACCUCCGGCCUCGGUGACCCCAGCAAGACCUCCAUCUCCAUCGGAGAGCUCCCCCAGGAUGAGCCGGACGCUACCACUCCAGGCAGCACUCACAGUGGAGCCACGCUCUCUGGAAGUUUCUCAGAGCAUCUGGACCAGUUGACCCCCAGAGGUGAGGGUUUGCAGAGCCCCGACAGUACCAGCCAUGCCUCCGCAGACCAGGGUCCUCACAACAACUCUCUGCGGCCAGAGAGCGCUGCCGAGAAGACCGGCGCUGUGGCAAAAGUCCCAAAGUCUGUCUCAACCGGUGCCCUUUCCCUCAUGAUCCCCGGGGAUACCUUCGGGGUCUCUCCUCUGGCCAGCCCUCUCUCUCCAUACUCCCUCUCCUCAGACCCUUCCUCUAGAGACUCCUCUCCAAGCCGAGAAACCUCCCACCUUACUGCCAACCCGCGGCAGCCCAUCGUCAUCCACAGCUCGGGGAAGAAAUUUGGCUUCACACUCAGGGCGAUUCGGGUGUACUCUUGUGACGGCGACAUCUACACUGUGUACCACAUGGUCUGGAAUGUAGAAGAUGGCGGGUCUGCCCAUAAAGCCGGACUCAAAGCUGGAGACCUCAUCACUCAUGUGAACGGAGAACCAGUUCACGGCCUCGUCCACACUGAAGUGGUGGAGCUCCUGCUCAAGAGUGGUAGCAAAGUUACCAUCUCCACUACCCCAUUUGAAAAUACUUCAAUAAAAACUGGUCCAGCCCGGAGGAACAGCUACAGGAGCAAAAUGGUGAGAUGCUCCAAGAAGCCCAAGAAGGAGAAGACACCAGAAAGGCGCCGCUCCCUCUUCAGGCGCUUUGCCAUGCAGCCAUCUCCUCUGCUGCACACAAGCCGCAGUUUCACCUCCCUCAACCACUCUCUGUCCUCUGGUGAGAGUCUCCCUGGCUCCCCCACCCACAGUCUCUCCCCCCGUUCCCCUAGCGCCAUCUUUCGCCCCACACCAGACUUCCCCCAGUCAGGUGGCAACUCCUCCCAGAGCAGCUCUCCCAGCUCCAGUGCUCCGAACUCCCCCGCAGGGUCUGGGCACAUCCGUCCCAGCACCCUCCACGGCCUCGGCCCCAAACUCCCGGUACAAAGGCUUCGGCAGGGGCGCCGCAAGUCAGCCGGCAGCAUCCCUCUUUCCCCUUUGGCUCGCACACCUUCACCUACACCUCAACCAACAUCCCCUCAGCGCUCACCAUCUCCCCUCCUCACUGGACAUCCUGUUGCCAUUUCCAAAUCAAACCAAGCCUUCCCAGCCAAGAUACAUUCCCCACCCACAAUUGUACGACAUAUUGUGCGGCCAAAAAGUGCUGAGCCGCCUCGCUCUCCGUUGCUAAAACGUGUCCAGUCUGAGGAGAAGCUAUCCCCCUCUUACUCAGGAGAUAAGAAGCAUCUAUGUCCCAGAAAACACAGCCUGGAGGUGACCCAAGAGGAGGUGCCAGAUGAGGAGCUGAGGCCCGGGGAGAGGGAUUACACCGUCUUGCAGAGUGUGGAGGAAACCGUCAGUGAGCCGCUGUUAAGCAGCCGUGUUCGACCUGUGGAGCAGGGCUGCUUAAAGAGGCCCGCCGGCCGCAAGAUGGGCCGGCAGGAGUCUGUUGAGGAGCUUGACAAGGAGAAGCUGAAGUCCAAGAUGGUUGCAAAGAGACAAGAUUGGUCCGAGAGGAGGGAGUCUCUACAGAAGCAGGACGCCUUGUGUGAUUCUGAAUCAUCCCAGUGGUGUGGUGAUGACAGGGAGGAAAGUUUUUUGGUCCGAGGCCAAAAUAAGACCCAGAGCAGCCCGGACUCUGGUCCUCUGGAGGUCAAAGCUGCUAGCACAACAUUAAAAGAUGUGCUUUACAAGAAACUCACCACACGUGUCUCUGAGGGCCUCGCUGAAACAUCCAAUGGCGAAACUGAUGGAGGACACAGAUCAGCUCUCUGCUCGAAUCAUUCCGAGUGGCAGCACUCCAGGCAGGGUAAAGACAACAUGAAGCCGGACCGAUUGGACUUCAAAGCUCCCAACAUCGAGUUCACCAGGAAGAGGCUGUCUUUUGAGGACAGAGAGGACUGCAUGUGUCGGUUGUCCUCUGGCAUCCAUGAGAACCUGCACUUCGGCUCCACCCGGUCUAAGAGCCUCCAGCUGGACACGGCCAUGUGUCAUGAACACAUGAAGGCAGGACUAGGAAGCGUCCACUCCAGCCCUGAAUGCCUGUCCCCUAAGCUUUUCUCCGGCAGAGGGGAGAGCGCUGUUGAAAAGCUCCAGCUCAUCUCCGCUGAGUCUCCACUGCGAAAGACGUCAUCUGAAUACAAACUUGAAGGACGCCACGUCUCCUCUCUCAAACCUCUGGAGGGCACCCUGGAUAUCGGUCUGCUCUCAGGGCCCAGAGUCUCAAAAACAGAAAACUGUUUAUCCAAGAUGGCAGGGAACUCAAGCGAGACUGUUUCUUUGAGUCCAAUUUGGCUCCAGACCCCUGCAGAAAGACAAAUAAAAGUCCCCCAACUGAAAACUACUGACAAGCUGAAGAGCCCCCUGGCUUGUUCCACAAGUCCUCCUGAAGCUGUUUCUUCUCUAAACAACAUAGUCGCCUCCAAAGAUCAGUCAAAGAAUGCCUCCACAGAGGUGAAGAUCAGUGCAAGUUGUGAGAAAACACCGGAAAGAAACAGUGAACCACUAAAGGCUCAAAGCAGCAAAGUGGAGGCCUCAAGUUUUCCCUUUAAACCAGAGAGCAAGACGGGUAUGAAGUCCAGUUUACCGCCUCAUGAACACAGAGGCCCUCGACACAGCUCCCACUUCUCCUCCUGUGGAAAAACACCCUCCAUACGAGAAGUCAGCAAUGAAGAUCAGGAGGAUGAAGCAGAGCAGGAGGAAAUCACACCACACACUACAUCACAACACACCGACAGCUCCAGGACAGGGCUCCCUUUGACUUCAGUAAAGCCGGAGGAAGACAUAAAAACUGUGAAGACUCCGGCCAGUGAACCGUUCCCCGUGUCGCUGAAGCAGAGUAUAAACUGUGGUUUGGAUACAGGUCAGCGCUGCGAGAAAAACACAGCUACUGCGCAGAGCUUAAACAUGACCUCUGUGUCUGAGGUGAAUGUACAGAACAGCUCUGCAUCUGUUCGCCUCCCAGAGAAUGUGCUUUCACAACGGCAGCCAUUGAACAUCUGCUUUUCAAAUAUAGAAGCGCAGGUUUCUAUCACAACAUCUGGUUCUGUGAAGGACGAUAAAAGCUGCAAGUUUAAAUCAGAAGGUCAGGACUGUAAGGGAAGAUCUGUGAGCCAGGACGGUGCACAAUCUAACAGAUCAGCUGUGAAAGAAGUUGGUGGAAAAGGCAGUUCAGGUUUGAAUAAGGUCAACACGUGCGUUGGAGUUACAAAAGUGGAGGUAAACCCAAAAGUGGAGCAGAAGAGAGAAGUUACUACAGAUAAUAUUGUCCCCUCAUUAAAUAAUGUUUCAAAGAGUGUAAAUAAAAAGGAUAACACUGUUGGUGCGGUAGAGAGUAGUAGCAUGUUUCUGCAGAAAAAAGAGAAUCCCAUUUCACCAAAGAAUAAAGGCAAUGUGAAAGAUUUAGAUCUGCCAUCCAAAAACUGUCCGGCUGAAAAAGCACAACACAAAGCAUCAGAAUCAGGAACCUGCACGUCUAAAAAAGAAGAAACGGUUACCUGUGUAAAAGAAAACGCCACAAAACAAAAAUCCUCGGCAACUGCAAAUGAAAAUGUUUUGAUUCCCAAGAGUAAGUCGAGGCCUGACCCGCAGCCUGUCCCGCCCCCCGCUGUGAAGACGGAGACAAAAACACUGGAAGUGAAAUAUCACAGCACAGCUCCUCCGGCUCCAGCAGUCAGGGGCAGUCAAACCUCAAAACAGAGGGAUCUGUCUAAAGAAUCUGCGCUCUCCACUUCAAACAUUCAAGCAAUUCGUAAACAGAGAGAAUCCGCAUUGCCAACCAAGCAGGAGGAAUCAGUGCAGCUGUCUCCUACUCGUGUUGACGUGAAGCAAAAAGAAACACAGCCCAGAAGCUUUGCAGCAAAAGACAACUCUGAGUCAAAGCCAAAAUCUCCCCCUUCUAAAACUGUCCCUUCAUCAUUUGUUCUAAAGUCCCCCGCCGCUCCAACACCAGUUUUUAAACAAAGUCCUGAUGCCAAACACAAAGACCCCUCACCCAAAAAACAAGCUCCAGCCGUUCGACACCAUCAUGGCCAAAAACCAAAAGAAGUAGCUUCACCUGUUCCUCAGCUCCCGUCAGAUGUUCCCUCCCAGCCCGACCCACCGCCAGUGCUGCCCAAACCUGCAGUGAAGAAAGAACAGCUGAUCAGUGGAGGUGUCUCAGGCAGGAUCUCCACCUGCGCACCCCAGGAAAGUGCAAUCAAGGUUUCAAAAGAAAGCCCCACGUCGGAUACGCUCAAAUCGGAAAAGGGCCCAGAUACCAGAAACACGACCCCUGAGAACCUGGGGCCCUCCAGCAAGAAGGAGCAGGCUGAGAGGAAGAAGAAAGACACUGUUCCAGAGGUUACGCCUGCGCAGAAAAACUCAAAAAGAGACGCAUCCCGAGCUGCCGCCUCGGACAGAGAUACUGGCAGGAAGCAGCAGAAGGAGUCGCCACGUAACUCUAACAACAAAAAAUAAAACAAGGGACGUGAAAUUAGCAGCCGCUUCAGAACAUCUAGAUGUAAUAAGAGUUAGAAAAGGGUUUGUGCAAACAUCCUCAUGCCUUCUUUUUUUUUUUGAAGGACCGGGCAAGCUGUGUGUGUGUGUGUGUGUGUGUGUGUGUGUGUGUGUGUGUGUGUGUGUGUGUGUGUGUGUGUGUGUGUGUGUGUGUGUGUGUGUGUGUGUGUGUGUGUGUGUGUGUGUGUGUGUGUGUGUGUGUGUGUGUGUGUGUGUGUGUGUGUGUGUGUGUGUGUGUGUGUGUGUGUGUGUGUGUGUGUGUGAGAUGAACACACACGUGUAGAUGUGUCUAGGUCUGAAUGUAGGCAAUCAUUUGCUGGUCAUUUCUGGUGUAGUACUUUUCACGUCAAGUGUUGUUUCUGCUUUGCGCUAUCAGUAUGUCGGGGCAGCAGGGAAGAACCUUAGGAGGGUCGUAUUGUAACGUCAGUGCCAUAAAAGAUUUAGAAUUGCACUCUUACUUCUUGACCCGACUGAUCUGAGGUCUUUUAAUGCAGUAUACCACACAAUUUGCUCAGCAAUUGUAUCACGAUUGUUUCUGUUCGUAUAAUCCAAAUCUUUUCAUGUUGGGUUUUUGUGCAGUGGUACACAGAGGGGGGUGCACUAUAUCCUGUGCUUUUCACUUAAAAAAAAUACAGAAUCACCUCUUGGUUCUAGAAAUGAUAAAUCAGUGAAGAGGCCUUAAAAUGAUGGGAGAUUUAAAAAAAACUUGCUGUUCUUAGCAAGGUGUGGUGUUAAUUCACAUUCCUCUGACGUGUGUACAUACAUUUUUGAUUUUUAUGCAAUAUGAUGUAGAUAUGAUAACACUGUAAAACUGGGAUUCAUGGGCUUAACAUGAUUGUCGUUUGUAUGAUAUGUAUAGAUUUUGCUGUCAUUUGUUUGUAUGCUCGGUAUUAGAGUAUCUGCUCGAUAACUCUGUGGUCUAAAGUAAGCUACUGUGAUGUAUCUUGUCAGAGGCAUCCUUUUCUCUGUGACAUUCAACAUGUUUCCACAUGUUCCAAAAUUAACUUGACAAGAGAGGAAAAGUCAUGGGGGAGUUACUGAGCUAUUUCUAAAAAUGUAGCAUUAUAAAACAAAACUGUGAGGGCUGUCAGCUUUUUCCAAGAAUGUCUUUAAUGUUGAUGAAGUGUUAGCUGGCAGACUAAGGUUUAAAAAGUGUAAAAUAUGGAACAUUGUGUUUGAUUAUUGAGAUAUUCUGUUAGCCAAUCAUUACUGCAGUAGGUUUCUGAAGGUGUUGGGCUUCAUCUCAGCGGAGUGACAUUAAGAUCACGUGAGUAAGAAACCAGUACACACACAGGGCUUCAGCGUCAGGGUAUCAAAGGAUUUCAAUGUCCGGUUUCGCCUCAGUGUUGUUAAAGUCGUGUGAGUGUUUUGAUGUUUCAAAGGACUCUAUAAUGAGCAGCAUCUGGCUUCACCUGGGUAAUGGUAUCAUAUGAGGAAUCCUGAUUAUUUGCCUAGCAUAGUUCAUGUCCACAACAGUCAUUUAUUGUUAGAUACUUGGUACUUUGAUACAGACAGGCUGUCAUAUAUUCACAAUCACUUUCUGAAAUUUACUUACACACCAAAACACACGUUUUAUACUUUAGACACCUUUAAAUUGUAAACACUAAAUAAGAAUAUAAAGGUAGCCUAGGACACUAAAGUGUGUAAUGCAUUAUUUGCUCUGUUGUGCAGGCUAUGUACAAAAUAAUUAUCCUCUUUACUACAAAAACUCUUGGGUCAAACAUGUCACAGAAAAUAGUUUAUGUAACACACUGUAUCCAAGAGUCAACCUGAAACACGUGCGAUCGAUUGAAGAGAUUUUAAACGAGUUACAUGCAUUAGAUAUUGUUAAAGUAUUGCUCAGUGAUGUGAGAGAACAAAUGCACCUUAAUGUUUGCCAAUACUCAGUUCAAAGGGUGAGAAGCAGGGUGAAAUUAGAGCUGAAAUGGUUUAUGAAUUCCCCUCUCGUCCUCACUUCAGAUUUAAAAUAAAUCACAGAAUUUUAUUGUUUCUUCCCCCACUCUUUUGUUUGACUGACAUUAAAACACUCAAAGCACAUUCAAUGUUUGUUUACAAAGCAUCAUGGAUGUAUAUUUUGUAUAUUGUUGAUUUGCCAAAUCUAUGUUCUGUGUCAGAGAUAAUGUUGUCUAUAGUAGUGUGAGACUUUGCCCCCCUCCCACCAGGAUAAGAACAUUUGUUUGUGCUGUAAUCAAUGUAUUUCCAUGUCAGGUUCUUCUCUUUCUCUGCUUGUCUUUUCUGUUUACUCUUUCUUUUUCUUCCCCCUGUGCAAAACUAGUAUUAGAUAAACUUGCUUACGAUGGUUUGUCUUUUAGAAAUAUGUGCAAUAAAAGUGUUUUGAGUUUUGUAUUUUGCCCAAGGAAAGCUCUAUGGAUGUCAUACAUGUUGUAUAUUAAAACAGAUAUUUAUACUUCUAAUGUUGCGUAAUGCUGAAAAUAAAAUGGGAAUUGUA